CAGGAGGCCAGGACAGAGUGAAUUAGAGUCACGUGAUGGCUGAGGGCGGUUUGUUUACAUUUUGAGGUUGAGAUAAAGCGGCGGCCCAGGUGAUUCUCCCUCACCUGGCUCCUCCGCGGGGAAUGUCCACCUUUAUCGCCACUAACGCGCGCUUUAUCUCGCCUUUAACCCCCCGCACGAUGAUUAAAGUGUUAAAAUAAGAGGGAGAGGUGGGUGGAGGAGGCGAGAGGCGAGGGAGAGCGGUGUUAAACCUGGAGGAAGUUGUGCAGGAGCAAAUGUCAAGGGUUGUGGGCCAGUUUGGCAAUUCUCGUAAGGAAUUGCCAUCUUUGAUAAGGCUGGCCUCUCUCCCUCACCUGCUCUAAUUGAUCCUCCACGCACAUUUCUCACUCCCUUAAGUGCCAUUUAAAUUGCAAAAUGGAGAUAGAAUGGGGUAGAGAAGUUCCAAAUAAGGAAAUGAAGUACGUGUCAUAUUUAUACCCAAUAAGUGCCAGAAGUGAUAUUAGUUUAUAAUAUUUGUGAUUUGGGUGAACACAAGUUGGAUUAUAUAGUGAGAAAUAGCCGAGUGGCUCCCUUGGGGGUUGCAAGGACAGAUGGCAUGGAGAGAGACAAUCUAGGAUUAAGGGAACCCAACCAGUUGCACUCAUGAAGAAGAGACAAUGUAGCAAGCGGAGGAAAAGCAUGGAAAAGAAGAACAAACAGGAUCGUGAACAUAAUAUAGAACAAGAAGUAACAGCAGUUGUAGUAAAACACGAGGAACAGAAGGUAAUUAAAGAAAAGAAAGAAGCAACAGUAGUAGUAGUAAAUGUUAAAAAGGAGAAAGAUGAGGAAAAAGAAGAAAGUGAAGAAGAUAAAACUGGAGGCAGAGAAUCUCCAGAAUUGCCUCCACAGGCAUCUGAUUCACCGCCACCAUCGACCUCAACUGUACCACAGGAGGCUGUCGUUGCUCAAUUGAACCAACUACAGCAGACGGUAGUUUCCCACAUUCUGCAGUACCAAGCAGGAGUCAUGGCUCAGUUUCAGCAGCUUCAGCAGCAGAUGUUAUCUCAGCUCAGUUCCAGCACGCAGCCACAGGUCACCAUUACACCCCACAUUAAGAAUGAGCGCAAGCGCCCUGCUUCCAGCAUGAGCAACAACAAUGAAAAUCAGGAAGAUUGUGGUCAAGUUGGGGAGAUGCAAUUUAAACGCAAGCGAACUGCAUUCAAUGAAAAACAAUAUAAAGUAUUAGAGACGACAUUUGAGCAUAACAACUUCCCGGAGCCAAUUGACCAACACUGCAUUGCUUUGCGAAUCAAAACACCGUACCGCAGCAUCAAAAUGUGGUUUCAGAAUAGACGGGCGAGCAUUCGCAAACGUUUGCCACCAAAAGACCGAGGUGCAGCACCAGGUGAUAACAAAGCCGGCAAGAAUGCAAGUGAUCCUGAUGCCCGAUGGUACUGUACCCUCUGCCCCUCUACAUUUAUUGCAAAAAAGUUUUUAGAGAGCCAUAAAGAAGCCCACGAGCGUGAAACACUAUAUUGUCCACAUUGCAAUGUGGGAUUUACUCACAAGGUGUUACUGGACACACACAAAAUAUCUAAAUGCAGCUCCAAAACUGGCGUUGAUCUGACGCACCUUGAAGAUGACGCUAUGGAUAUCUCGGAUAUCUGUGCCAAAGGAAAUAUUGAGAAAGAUAUAAAGCCCACACUAACCAGUCAACAGAGCUCUCCGACACCUCUUCAAGCUGCCCUACCUCUGUUAUUGCUGCAGAAGUUACAGAAACAACAACACCACCAAUCCCCUUCAUCUCCCCCACCACUUAUAGAUUCAGCAGUAUUGUCGCAGUUACAAGACAAUCCCCUCAUAAUAAAACAGCAACAGCAGCAGUUAAUGCAGCAGUUGCUGUUAGCACAGUUGCACAAUGCACACAAGAACAAGUUAUCGAAAGUUGCAAUCAAAGAAGAACAAGAAGAUGAGCAAGAAAAUGAUAAGCAAGAAGGUAAUGACUCGGAAGACGAUCAGAGGGAAGAUGAUCAGGAGGAAGAGAAUCAGGCAGAAGAUCAGAUGGAAGAAGAUCAGGAAGAUGAGAAAAUACAGAUACAGCAACUACAGUUACAACUUCAACAGCACAUACAGCAGCAACACUUGCAGCAGCAGCUCUUACUACAACAACAACAGCAGGAAGCGAAGGAACGGGAAGAGCCAAAAGGCUCUCUCACCCUUGGAGGUCUAACUAUAUUUCCCGUGCCAGCCUCGCGUUCAGAGGUAGCAAAGAUCAGGGUGAAGGAAGAAAUCAAAGAAAUGGCAGAAGAAGAAAAACAGCCUUUAACAUUACAAGACCAGAUAACUGCUAUACUGCAAAGCCAUGGUCUCAAGUCUACAUGGAAAACCCCUGUUAAUAUCAAGACUGAGCCAGUAGAUAACACACAAACGUCGAAAGAAAGAGAAUCGAUGCAGGAGCAGAUUGAGGCUAUUCUUCGGCAUCAAGAAGAACAACGACGGAAGCUGGAAAAGAAUAAUGAGGAUGAUGUAACAGACGACACCGAUUUAAAUAACAUGAAACGACAUCGCAGAAGAACGACUGUAUUUAAUGAAGUUCAGCUGCGAACGCUAUAUCUGCACUUUACGUACUGCAACUUUCCCGAUCCUUCCAUGUUUAAGAUUAUUGGACACCUGACGAAGCUGGAACCUCAAGUCAUCAAGAUCUGGUUUCAGAAUGAAAGAUCAAGACAGAGGAAAAGAGCCACACACAUUUUGGACGAAGUAAACUCCAAAGAAAAACCAUACAAGUGUCGUGAUUGUGGCAUGUCUUUCGCUAUGCUGACAUUUUUAGUGAAGCACAGCAUGCGUCACAAUGGGGACACAGACCAGGAUACUUGUGUGCGCACCUGUCCUCUUUGCCUGCAGAAAUGGAACAAGGAAGUGUUUGCAUCGCACCUUAAAACCAGGCACAAUGUAAAUCUAAGUCUGGUUGAUGAGAAGUUAGGGGGUGCUCUGAUGUGCUACCUAUGUGAGGAGAAAUUCACUGAUCAAGAAAAUCUUAUGAUCCACAAGCAUAAACAUUUAAAAGAUAAUUAUGGAGAUCCACCACAGUGUUCUGAGUGCAAAACCACCUUUGUUAAUGCCAUUUGUUUAGAAGCUCAUAUGGAGACCCAUAGACACCAUGAAUGGAACUACAAAUGUAAUUUGUGUGGGGCAAUUUUCCACGACAAGAUACUACUAUCUUCACACAGGAUGGGUCAUGGGGUUCCGUUGGCUCCUGUUAGCACUAUUGAUAGGUCAAGAAGUCAGCUGCAACACACUUCAGUAAGAGCAAUACAUGCACGGGCAAGAAAGACUGUAGCAUCCGUCAUCACAAGUCUCAACAAUUCUGAUAACAACGAAGCUACAUCAGAGACCGACUCAACAAAAUCAGAGUAUAGUGUCUCUUGUAACACCCCUGUUUUAAGUCCAUCGACCACUAAGGCUUCAAAAUCACCAGCCUCAUCUGUUUCUACUGUUGUAUCGCCACCAAUGUUAACUCCACCUUCCACAAUAAUCACUCCAUCCUCUCUUAAUAACUUGUCAUUCACUUCCCCAUCAGGAGCUGUCAACUACGUUAAAUUAAUACCUGUGCAACUGGUCCCUGUUAAUAAUUCAGUGACAGGACAAAAAACUGCCAGCUUCACUACAGUGUCCUCUGGAAGUAUUACAACACCGACUACCACCUUCAUCUCUGUUCCAGUCUCAUUGAAGGGCUCGUCAGAAACUAAUCCCAUCCUCAAUUAUCUUCUGGAGGGAACCUCAUCUCCGGCUAUCUUGGCAGAUGGCAAGUUGCCCCCCAAGAAAUCCAAAAAAAAGGCCCUGCCCAAUCUCAUUCCUAUUAGUCAGAGUUCAAUUUUGCCCUUAAAGGAGAAAAAUGCAGAAGGAGUGCAAAAGUCCUCACCGCUCAUUGAGAAGACUAAGAAGGCAAAAGAAGUGAAAAAUGGUAUUAAUGUUGAUAGCCAGAACAAUGGAAAACUGCUCGAUAUUCACAACAAUGUUAAAACAAAAGAGAAGAGUAUCAGUAGCAUCAACACAACUGACUUACAGAAGAUAGUUAAUGAGAACAGUGAUGCUCGUGAUCAGCUGAGCAUCCAAGGGGAACAUGGAACCCUACAGGUUGCAGCCAAGAAAAGAUAUGUGCCAAUUCUACCAAUGAUUCCAGUCCAGUUGGCUCCUCAAGAACCUCAGGCAACUCCACAACCCCCAAGUUCCGAUACAGCAACACCUCAGAGAACCAGAAGAUCUCGUAAUGUGCCAAAUAAGAGGCUAUGGGAGUCGUUUGAUUUGGUUGGGUAUAAAAGAAGAAAAACUCCAACGUAUUUCACUGGCAAUCAACGCGAAAUCUUGGAAGCUCAUUUUGAGCAUGAUAAUUUUCCUGAACCAGGAGAGCAAAUUUCCAUUUCAAUUCAACUGGGAGUUGAAUAUGUUGUUGUUAAAACUUGGUUUCAAAAUACUCGCAAAAAUUAUAGAAAACAGCUGAAAGAAGUGGCCAAAUUCGAAGAUGUUGGACCCUUUCCCUGUUACAAAUGCAGUGUGUCAUACAUCACAAGGGAGUCCCUUAAUAAACAUUAUGAGAAACACAACACAGAAUCAAGCUACUCCUGCGGGGAAUGUGGCAUCUAUUUUUCUCAUCCGGUUGUUCUUAACACUCAUUUGAUGAGACAUUUAACAAAAGCUGCUGAUGGCCAUAAAAAGAAGCUUGGUGCUGAAGCUCCCAUGCUGAUGGCAUCUAGUCAAACGGAAGCACCACAGACUUAUGAGGGAGAUAAUGAGAGCACAAGUGAGUCCGACUCUAAUGAUGAAGGAAAUGGUGAACGUCCAGCUGGCAAGGAUUUCAACCUCUUGUCAAGAGCGCGGGAUGACUCGAUGGAUGAUGGCAUGUCUGAGGAUUUCGAUGACUAUCAUCCAAUUAUGGCUGUGGAGUGUAUUCUCGACAACUCCUCGGAAGAAGAAUAUGAAACUGAAUCGAUGAAUGAAUCGCCCAUUAAAAAUGGAGGUCACAAAUGCUCAUCGUGUAUGGAGAGUUUUGCUUCUUUAAUAGCCCUAAAGGAACACUACCCACUUAAGUGCAUAAACACCAAAUUUUUGCGAAAACCAGGAGAAUGGAGACGAAGGAAAGCAAAGCGGAAACAUAGAGUUGGGAAUGAAAUCCGCUGCAUUGAAUGCCAUUUAAUCUUCCCCGAUCGACCUUCGUUCUUGGACCACUUCAAUUCAAGUAAAUGUAAUGCUGGGAGACAGAGAAUAGAAUACACUGAUGAAGAGCAGGCUAUUCUUGUUACACAUUAUGAUAGAAAUAACUUCCCCAUGCCGUCAGAAAUGAGUUUACUGGCAAGACGUUUGGGUGUUCGUUACCGUCAAAUCAUGCACUGGUUUCAAAAUCGUCGAAGUAAAGAAAGAAAACAACAGAAAGAGAGUAAAUAUCCACCGGUUGAGUGUCAGGAGUGCAAAGUGUCCUUUGUGACAGAUUCCAAUUUGAAGAGACACAAUGAGGUGCUUCACAGCCAAGACAGCAUCCCGGAGUGUGAGUUUGUUUGCUUGGUGCCAGGAUGCGGUGCUGUCUUCAACAACGCAGAUCUCCUGGUUACUCACAGGAUGGCUCAUCAGGUUGAAAGUGAUGCUUCGCAGAAUGACGAGAAUGUAGAUGAUAAGACUGCAUUACAUCAUGGACGCAUUCCUCUGUGGAAGAAUUUUACUGUGUUAGAGGCACACUACAAUGACAACAACUUUCCUGACCCAAUGGACAUUGGAUUCAUUGCUCGUCGGCUUGAUGUAGACCCACUAAAUGUUCACAUAUGGUUUAAGGAACGAAGAAAGCAGCACAUUCACAAGUUGGAAGAGAGUAAGCAUGAGGGCCUGGAGGGUGAAGCAGCUAUCAGCUCACAAAAAGCUAUGAGCAAGAUGUGUUCGACUUGUGAUGCAGCUUUCAUCUGCCAGGCAGACCUCAAUAAACAUCAGGAGAUGCAUAAAUCUCAUUGGGCUCAGGCCUGCCACUUUUGUGGAAAAGAGUACAGUAAUUCGAUUGUCCUAGAGACGCACUGGAUUCGGCAUGGGAUUAAAGUAGAGCUUAAGAAUGAAUUGAACUCAGACUCCAAAACAGGGAGACCUUCAGGAGCACCUCUUACUGAUACACAACUAAAGGUUUUGGAGACUCAUUAUGAGCACAACAAUUUUCCGGGCACGUCUGAGGUAUGGCUUGUGGCCAAACGUCUUAAUCUAAGACCAAAACGAGUAAAAUAUUGGUUCCAAACGAAGCGGGGAAAAGACCGUCGAGCACAAAAGAUGGCAACAACAUCUACGUUUGUGUGCUCCUUGUGUGGAGCAGCAUUCAUUAGUGAAUUGCACCUGGACAACCAUAAGAGACUCCAUAGAUCAAGUCACAGAUUUCCAUGUACACAGUGCAAAGCAAUCUUCCUUUCGUCAAUCUUGCAGGUAACUCAUGAGCUAAAUCAUGACUUGAUAUCGGGAUCCAAAACUCUAUUCCGUAAGCUCCCAGAUGGAGCAAAAGAUCCAUUGACUUUAGGUCAGGCAAAACCAGGGGAUAUUGUAGAAAAAAGUGAUUCUGACGGAAGUGAACCUGAGUUGGAAAUUGAUGAAAGAGUAAAUAUGGAUGAUGAAAUUGCAAGUGCUGUGAACACAAUAACAUGCAGUGUUGAAAGUGAAGGGGAAGCCAUAUCAGAUAAUCUUGACAUCCAGGCAAAAAUCAGUUCAGAUAAUUUUGAAAAUAAAGUGAUAGUAGUGAAAAGUCUUGAAAACAUUGAUAAAGAUGUUGUAAAUUACUACGAAACUAUGGAGAAAGAGCUGAAAUAUGAUCUCGAUGAACUUCGUGAUACUCAAGUUGUGGAAGGUGGCACAUCUUGUAAAGAUGAGAUGGAAGUACGGUUAUUUUCUGCAGUGAAAGUAGCAGAAAGUAAGUCCAUCAUAACCGAAGAAAAGAAAACACGGCUACCAGAUAAAAAAGUUAUACGGGAAGAAGUAUUCUUUGAUGACAUUACAGAUAGUGAAGAUGAUGAUGACGAUGAGCCAAGAUUGAAGAUUGUUAGUGCAUAUACCAUUUCUCCUGACACUGAGGAUUUAGAGCUAGAAGACGAGGAAGAAUCAUAAGUGAAACCUGCUCUUCACGAUAACAGGUAAAAGUGAAUCUGGAGCUUCACAGCAGUGGAGCAUUUAAAGAGAAUUGUAUACGUUUUUGAGUAUGUCCCUAGCUGACUUGCCAAGUCAUCAGUUAUACUAAUCUGUGACUGUCAAGUCAGCAGCUGUCCAUUACGAAGAUAUUUUUCCAUGGUUAUUAUUAAUGUAAAAAUUUAUAGGUAAAAAAUUACAUAUAAACAAAGGCCAUGAUACAAGAUAAUUUGAUAAUUGUAAUAUUUAGGGAAUAAUUCUCUGAAGGUUACUUAGCAUGCAGAAUGUGUGUGGAUAUGUAAACGAGCAACAAUUGAGGGACACUGUUGGGGAAACGAUGCUGAUAAAAUACUAGAAUUGUUAAUGUUAAUAAUGAUACGAGCCUUCAUGUACUGGUAUUGCCUUGUGUGUGGAGAUACAGUUGCCUUUGUUAUGCUCAUAACAAACUUGGACUGGCCCAUAAUUUGGCUACUGCUGCCGGAAAAUUUGCUCAGGGCUUACAACUCGAUAGCCAUACAAUAAGUCUAGUGGGUGUAUAGCAUGUGUGUUUUGCCUGCUAGUUUGUAAAGCAGCAGAUGAAUAUAUAAUAAUACUGAAGCCUGCUAUACAUCCCAUAAUACCCUGUGUCAGCUUAGAAAACUGACUAUUUGGAAAUUAUGACAUAGCUCAAUACUUAAAAAAUUUAAUGUGAUACAACAGGUAAACAAUAAAUUCUCAAACGUUUGCACUCUUGUUAGUAACAUGUUAGAAAGUUUAUGUUGCUCAAAGUAGGGUGUUCAAAAUUUAAUUUUCAAUUGGAUUUUUCAUCCGCUCAUUGGUAUGGUAUUCAGAGAUUUGUGAUAACGUAACCAGUCAGUUUAGCAUUUCAACGUGUAUCUUUGAUAUCCUUAUCUAGUAAAUUUAUGCCAUUUCAUUGGAGAUUAAUAUUUUGAACACGCAUUUAGUCACGAACCUGUAAGUGUAAGGGUGAGAAACCCCGUUGUUCACAACCUCGUUAUGACCAAGGAUUUGACUCUUGAUCGUGUUUCAUAUACUGUAUGUAGUUAUUGCUCACCCAUCUGCCUUUCAUGGUCAAAAAAGCCUCAAAUCAAUGUUUUAUAUAUUUAUCUUUUAACCGUAUUAAUUUUUAUCUCAUUUGCAUGGAGAAGAUGGACAAAAUCAGUAUACAGUAAAUCUGUAUGACCUAGGUUUCAUGAAUAUCUUACUUGGUAAAUAAUUUGUACAAAAGAAAUCAAUACAUUCCAUAUUGAGAUGACUGUUUUGCAUGUAUAAGCCAUGUGGCUUGGCAGGAAAUAUGACUUGUGCCAAAGUACAUGCAUGCAUGUAUUGCUAGUUCAAAUAUAUGUUGUACCUAAUAGCCAGAACUGCACUACUUGGCCUAGUAUGCCAGGUCCAUUUUGCCUAACAGCCAGAAGAAUUGUGCAUAUUUAAAAUAUUUAUUUUGGAAUUAGUUCACCGCUAAUUGUAUAAUAUUAUGCUGACUACAUGACUUUCUAACUUACAUUUAGUUUUAUGUAUGUUAUGCAGUAAUGAGAAAUAAUUCAACUGGCAAAUUAGAUUAGGUUAGAAUUAUUUGUUUUGACUAACAAAAAAACUAUCAUGUUUAUAAUACAAUGAAAAAUUUUCAUUCUGUAAGAGAAAGUUUUUGAUAAUUAAGAAAAUUUAGCUUGUUAGGCAACUCUGGCCAUUAGUUAUGAUAUAUACUGUGUAUAUAUAUAUAUAUAUAUAUAUAUAUAUAUAUAUAUAUAUAUGUC